CUCAACUGACCUGGAGGCUUUGUGCAACUCAUUAGAGAUAGGGUGACCGUCUGUAAGUCUUUGAUUUGGAAAAGCAUCAUUUUCUUAUUUUUUAAUUCAUUUUUAUUUUUGAAUGAUGAACAAUAUCUUGGACUAUCCAUGUUUCUGCCAAUGGAUGCCAGACAGAAUGCAGGUGUCUUUACAACUGUUGAAGAAUUGAAGAAUUUUAUUGCUGCAGAAUACUUGGUGAACAUUUGUCAUGAUACUUUUGAGGUAAAUCUGCACUUUGAGACAAUGUCCAAUUCCACCCUGGUUACCGAGUUCAUGCUGGAAGAUUUUGCUGAGAAUUGGGAGCUCAGGAUCCUUCUCAGUGUGCUGUUCCUGCUGGUGUACCUGUACAGCCUGAUAGGGAAUCUUAUCAUCAUCAUUGCUACUACAGUUGACCAGACACUGAACACACCCAUGUACUUCUUCCUCAGGAAUCUAUCCAUUUUAGAUAUAUGCUACGUUUCUGUCACUGUGCCCAAUGCUUGUAUCAACUCUCUCACUGACCACAGGAAUAUUUCUGUAGGUGGAUGUGCAGCACAGAUCUUUUUUGUCUAUAUUUGUGCAUGUGUAGAGAUUCUAUUUCUUACCAUCAUGGCCCAGGACCGCUAUGUGGCCAUUUGCAAACCUCUCCUCUAUCCUGUGAUCAUGAACCACUGGUUCUGUGUUCAGAUGACACUGGCUUCCCUACUUAGCUCACUUGUCCUUGCAAGUGUGCACACUUUCAAAACUUUCCAGCUGUCCUUCUGUCACUCUAAUGUGGUCCCUCAGUUCUUCUGUGAUAUUCCUUCAUUGCUGAGGCUUUCUUGCUCUGAUACCUUUAAUAACAAACUCCUAAUUCUUCUGUCUGCCAUUUUGGUCAGUGGUAGCUGCUUUGUCUUUAUUGUCAUAUCAUAUGUUCGCAUAUUAUCAACUGUGUUGAAGGUUCCUGUCAAAGGAGAGAGAGGGAAGGCCUUUUCCACCUGUGUCCCUCACAUUAUUGUGGUGUCUGUCUUUCUUAGUUCUGCUGCUUAUAUAUAUCUAAAACCUCCAGUGGUAACAUUAGAAGUAGCUAAGGAGAUGACUCUUUCUGUAUUCUAUACCAUUGUUCCUCCAUUCUUAAAUCCUAUCAUCUAUAGUCUUAGAAACAGACAGAUAAAGAAGGCUGUGAGUAAACUUAUAUCAAGAAUUUUUUUCCUUAUUUGA